AUGCUUCCGCUAGAGAUCCUCCUCCAUAUUCUCUCUCUAUUACCGCUCCCAUGUUUUGCAUCUCUAUACCAAGUGUUUCCUGCUGCUGUAGUAGACGAAGCUCUGCGGAAGGCAUUAUUGAUACACCAAAAGAACGAGGGGACUCCACUUAUCGACCUUGUUUCCACGAACAUGUAUGAGCUUGCUGGCCCCAAUACCAAUGAAAAGAAUGAGUCAUGGAUACCCAUGUACAUGACCAUGAUAGAUAUGGCACGACGACUCAUAUGGUUGCAGCCAAAGCCCCAUCAAUACUUUUUCAAAGUGGAGGAUGCGUAUGUAUCUCAUGGAAAGUUGGUCAUGCGUCGUAGUAGUAGUGGCACGAGGGAUAAACAACAACAGCAACAACAACGGCAACAUGUACUAGCUUCAUUGUGGGAUAUUCGGAAGCAAUUACCGCCUGCUCGAGCAGGCACCUUUUCUGGAGCCAGUGAAUUUGUACGUCAUCGAGAACAAUACCAGCCAUUGACUAUUCUGGACAAGCAGCAGCAAUGUUUAUUCGAUGCUUGUUUAACAUGUGGUGCAGGCCAUCGCAUGGAUGAUUCAUCAAGUCAUCGCUUAACAGCAAAGCAGUUACAUGGUCAUGAUCCACCAAGACCUGCAUUAGCAAGAGGAUACAUUCGUCGAGCACCAUCUUCAUUCACUGCUUGGUCAGCUCGCGAUCCAUGUGGGUAUGUUUUGGUGGAACAAGUGGCUCUCACUGUACCUGCAUUUAUCGAAUUGUUCACAUGCACCACCACCAAGAAGUCAUGA